CCUCUCCUUCCCUGGGCGCCCCACAGAACCUCUGCCUGACCCUGGUGUGUGCUUGCUCUGGCCCAGGCUGUGAAGGAUCUCCGAGCGUGGCCUCCAGGUUAACAUCUUCAGGGAGAUGUUGACAGAAGGCUCUGAACCUCCCCUGUGGAGCCCAAAGGGCAGUGAACGCACCAUGGCGCUUGGACGGUCUCAAGGUCGAGAGCAGAGAGUCUGGAGGCUCCAGGUGAAGGUCUGGGCCCUGGCUGCGGUGUCCAUCUCACUCCUUGCAGCCUGUUUCAUUGCAAGCUCUUUGGUGGCUCAUCGUGCUUCUACACUGUGUGGCAAAAUUGACAAGAGACUGUCCACGUUACAAGAGUAUCAGGACCGUCAUCUAAACCUGAGUUGCUUCAUCGAAGGAAAGGAGACAGAAGAAGACUGGAGCUGCUGCCCCGCCCUCUGGAGGCCAUUUCAGUCUCACUGCUACUUUAUUUCUCCGGAGAUGCAACCUUGGAAGGAGAGCCAGAAGAACUGCUCUGGGAUGGGGGCUGAUCUGAUGGCCAUCAACUCUAAGGACGAGCAGGAGUUCAUCAUCAAGCAUCUGAUGAAAGAGUCAGCUUAUUAUGUGGGGCUGUCCGAUCCGGCGGGUCAGCGACGCUGGCAGUGGGUCGAUCAGACCCCAUACGAUGCAGCUGUCACGUUCUGGCACCCGGGGGAACCCAACAAUCGCGAUGAGCGGUGUGUUACCAUCCAUUUUCGUACCAGCUCAAACCAGUGGGGCUGGAAUGACGUGCACUGUGACCUCCUUCAGAAGUCAGUGUGCAAGAUGACGAAGAUCUACUUAUGAACGGAACGUUCUCCAUGAAGAAAGUGUCCGUGCGGGCAUCACCAUGCCAGGUCGUCAAUUUGCUCUUUAUUUGUGUGUACAUCCUAUGACCAGGACAUCCGUAGAGCUUUCCAGCAGGCUGUCACCCAUUCCGCUUAUCGGUCAGGCCACACACGUACUCACUCACCCGCAAAGUGACUGUGUACUGAGCACUUACCGUGUGCCAGUCUGGAUUGCCCUCGCGCAGGCAGACAGAGGAAGCAGAAGCCUUCUCCCCUCAUUUCUUUCAGAUAGCUAAGGAAUUAACUGUUAUGAACUAGAUUAUAUGAAAGAAAAUAAGACAGUUGGAAAACUAAAAUUUUUACGGGGGCCCAGCCUGUGGUGCAUCAGUAGGCCAAUGUUCUAUAAUGCUGGAAUAUUCUAUAAUGUUCUAUAGUGCUGGAAGCCAUAGAGAAGGCCAGGGUUUGGUUCCCAGGUCAACUCCUACAUGCCAGCAGCACUUGCGACCUUGAUCCCUGCUGACUGGGAACAGAAAGGGGAAGUGUAGCAAGAGACUGGUUGUCGGUGCUUGUCUUUCUCUCUGUUUCUUCCUCAUGAAAUAAAUAAGCAGCAAAAAAGAAAAAAGUAUACAUAAAUUUCUGUUUAAAAAAUGUCUAUUGGCCUUAGCGGGCAUGAGGAAUAGGGCUGUGGUCAUGCUGAAUCUUAUCUGAACUUUAAACUUCUC